AGCCAUUCAGUGACUGAUCAUUUCUUGCAAUUUUCUUUUACUGACAUUGCUAUUGUUUAAAGCAUUUAACCACCCAUGCAUGACUGUUCACAUGAAAAUGUCAUGUCAUACUGGAAGGGGAACAUUGUCUGGUCAUGUUGACAUACAAUAAUUUGCCUUUAAUCAAAUAUCUAUAUGGAAUAUUUUAACUUUUAUAAGUGUCCGAGAACUUUUUUUGCCGAGUGUACAUGUAUAUCACCGGUACGGUACACGCUUCAUAUCACCCCCAUAUCAUCACCACUCGGGUCUCUUGACUGCACGGGAAAAAAGAAGAGAAGAACUAAGAAUGUCCUCUCACAGCGCCAUUCUCCCAAGACAGCUUCAAAUAUCAUUUUUACAAGCUUCAUCACGAUUAUAUGAGUCAGUAUGUCCAAACAUUGGCAGAAGUUUAAUAUCCAAGGUACAUGACUCUAGCUCUAAGAAAGAAGGACCAAGACAACACUGCAUACACUGCCAUAGUCCCUUACAGCCUGGUCUGUGUAGGGUCAAGCUGAGUCCAAGAGCUCAUAUAACAAGUGAAAUCGAACACUUGAGGAAGAAACUUGAUUUUCUAAGAGAGGGCUCUCUUAGUCCUAGUCAGAAGAAGAAACUCAAGAGAUGGAUGAAUAGCAAGAAUAUCAUGGUCAUUUGCUGCAGCUUUUGCAAGAAGACCAACAGAAUUCCAUGUGCCCAAAGAUCCGACAGACCACAACAAAUUCAAGCUUCACAGAAUACCUCACCUCAAGAUUCAAUGUCCAGGAAGCGGAAAAAGCGAUCAGUAUCCAAUGACCCAUUCAGCAAAUUGGCAAUAUCAUCUACUGGGAGAAGUUUUUUAAGUCCUCCAUCCAAAAAGCAGAAAAGAGAGUCAUCCUCAAGUAAUUUCUCAGUUACAAUCUCCCAAUCAAUCACAACACCAGGAAGAUCAGCUCAUGGUAGUGAAGCGAACCCCAGCCCAUCUGGAAGAUCAAGUAGAAGUGCCAAGAAAGAUAAAUACAGACAGCUCCAGACGAUGUUAAAGUCCGCAAAACGAGAGCAGGAGAACAAUCAGUCACCGCUUUCAAAGUUUCUUACGUCGUUAAGACACCAGUAACUAGAUCCAUUCCCUCCCUAUAUGUUGUUUUCCAAUGUUGCCAUUUCUUAGUGUCAUGGGCACAUUGUGGUCUAGUGGUUCUGACUCUUGCUUAUCAAACAGAGGGUCAUGGGUUUGAAUCCGAGCCAUGACAUAUUUUCCUUCAGCAAGAUAUUUAUCCACACUGUGCUGCACUCAACCCAGGUGAGGUGAAUGGUAUCUGGCAGGAUUAAUUCCUUGAAUGCACUGAGUGCUUUAUAUCUUCAGGCAAAAUGUGCUAUAUAAAUCUAGCUAUUAGUAUUAUCAUUAUUAUUACAGUCUAGUUUGAUCCUUAUUUAAUUGAUUAAUUUGCAAGAGGAUUAUGAUGCUUGGUAACAUUUAGAUCUAAAGGUUGCACAUGCCUUCCUUCAAUAACUAUCUUCAUAGGCCAUGGGACAAACCCAUUUUUCUUGCAGUUGUGUUCACAUAGCAGUACAGUUAAAAAAGAAAGAUAUCAAAAUAAUUGUAAAAUGCAUCGAAUCGGGAUCCACCUGUCCAACUUUACCAAAAUUGCAUAAGGAUGAGUAAACUAUGUACUAGGUGCAGGUAAUCUGUAUUAUGUAGAAGGUUUAUUUAUUUUGAACAAAUUGACAGGUGCACACACACAUUCCUCGCCAAAAUCAGUUCUUGCCUCGUGCUAAGUCUUUUUUUUUCUACCAUACAGUGUUCGUAUUGAUAACCAAAGUUAUUCCAAAUAACGAUCAUCAGUCCAGAUCAUGCCUUGCCCGUUAUCUUUAUUCGUAUUUCAACCUAUCUCAGUGACAUUGAUAUACAAGUUUGAUAUCAUCAAGUUCUUUUGACAGAUUACAUACACGGAAUAGUUCAAAAUGCACAGCUUUUAUGCUUUUUACACUCGCCAAAAUUUCCUUAACCCAUACUAUAGGUGAGGCUAAAUUGCCUGAUUUCGGUCCGAUUUUUUCAAAAUAGCAUCUACGGUAUGAUGCAAAUGAAAUAUAAUCCAGAAAUCGCUUUUGGGCAAACUCCAAGGCCCCGGAUUCACAACUGGGUCCAUGUCGUUGGCUGAAUUUUUUCAAAAUAGCGUCUACACUUUGAUGAAUUAGGCAUUCCAUUACUAUCACCUGCCACCAGAAAUCACAUUUGGGCAAACUCCAAGGCCUCACAUCCACUACUGGAUCCAUGUUGUUGCCUGAAUGGAUUGACAUUGCCAUCAACACCAUAUAUUCAUUCUGUGCUAGUGUGCUCGAUCUCAUUCAUCUUCUCGUAUCUCCUCUGAUGGAGUAUCUUUCUCCUUCCUAUCGAGUUUGAUCUCCUUUUCUCCUGAUUUUUCUUCUUCUUGAAUUAUAAUUGCAAAAUGAGAAAAAAUAGCACUGUUCGUCUGUCACAACUUCUUGUUUUCCAAGUGUUUUUUCUUUGAUAUUCUUGAAUCCCAUUCCAUCCUUGAACGUAGAAAUCACUUCUCUGUAAAGUAUCCAUUUCCUCGAUGAUAUCACGAUGUUUGCCAGUUCCCAAAACAUAUACAUUACAUUCCCUAAUCUUUUAGCUAUUGUGUCUUCUCUUUUUCUUUUAUUCAUCACCAAUUUACAAAAGUCAGAAGGUGAAGGUGAUGAUGAAUAAAUCUCUACCAAAGUUGGAAGAUUCUGUAACACCAGAAACUUGGUCAUGACCUUUGUAAUGACACCUCUGUACCCUUGUAACUGUCUCUUAAUACGCCAAUUAAAAGAUUCAAAUUGAAAACGAGAGUGAGUGCACAAAGGACCCCAUUCGCUUACACUUCUUUUGGCAAAUGUACUAGGGAAUGUACAUUAAAUGUCAUUGCUGCAGAUCCAUAUGAGAUCUGCAUUCUGCC